AUGCAUCUCUCGACUUCGACGAUACAUUGAUCCGCUGUUUGGGAUACGGCGCGCGAAUCAAUGGACGUGGAGAGAACAUCGCUCUGCAACUGUGUCGUCAAUUUCCUUCUCGAAGAGAACUACUUGCUGACUGCGUUUGAGCUGCUUCAUGAGCUUCUCGAGGACGGACGAGAUGCGCAGGCUAUCAGGCUCAAGGAGUUCUUCGCAGAUAUAUCUCAGUUCCCGCCGGAUCAGAUCUCUCGUUUCAACGCUCUCCGAGUUGCAGACCCUCAGAGUUUACUAGAAGAGAAAGAGACAGUUGAAGAAAAAUUGGCACUGCGUGAAUAUGAGCUUCGUUUAGCACAAGAAGACAUUUUAAGACUGAAGACAGAAUUGCAAAAGAGAACUGAAUACUCUCCAGAUGAUUUGAGUGGGUCUAAUAUAGAUGUUUCUGUGGAAGAUGGGCCUACUUUGCAGCAGGGAAAGAGGAAUACUUCCUUUUCUGAUUUGGGCCCUCUGAAGGACAGUGAGCGUAAAGAUGUUAAUUGUGCUAUAAAGGAAUAUUUGCUUCUAGCUGGAUAUCGGCUUACUGCCAUGACAUUCUAUGAAGAGGUUGCAGGCAAAGACCUUGAUGUUUGGCAGAACACGACCGCUUGUGUACCAGAUGCUUUACGCCGUUAUUAUUAUCAAUAUCUUUUAUCCACUCCAGAGGCAGCUGAGGAGAAAAUCUCUCUUAUUCGAGAAAAUGAGUCAUUGAUCAAAACAAUUGAGAAGCUGAAUUCUGAAAAGGAGACCUUCCUGAAGAGUAAGGAAGUGGCUGAUGGACAAAUAAUGGCCCUUAUGAAGUCGUUAGAAGCUCUGCAGAAGGAUCUUAAGGACAGAGAAAUUCAGGUUCAAGACUUAAAGCAAUCACUGGAGCUUCAAAGAAAGGAACUCAAUGACUGCAGAGCUGAAAUCACUUCACUGAAAAUGCACAUCGAAGGAUCUAGAUCUGGUAGACGUUGGGUAUCCGCAGAUUUUGAACAGUUGCCAUCCCAGUCAGUGAACUAUCAUGCAGAAAUAAAAUCUUUGCAAUUGGAAAUAGAGAACUUAAAAGCAAAGAAUUCUGUUACUGAAAAUCCUGUACAGCCUAUCAAUUGUGAGAAAGAAUACACAAAGACGGAAGAAAAGGUUGUUGAGAUCCAUGAAGAUGGAGCUGUGCUGUCUCAUCCUAUGGACUUGGCAUGUGGCAAGUCAGAUGUUGAAGAUGGUGAACAUCAGCGAACUCAGACCUCUAAAGAAAAUGCAGCUCAGCCUCAGGAAAUUUCACAAGAGACAGUACAACUUGCUUCAAAUGGUAACUGUACAGUUGAAAAGGAUGAGAAUAUCGACAAAAAAUAUUCUGAAUUACCACCAGAUGACAGUGGGAUCAUCAUUAAAUUAGAUAACCAAUUAAUCAAGCCUGCUUCUGAAAAGAUGGGUUUGGAAACUAUUCAGAUCCUUUCAGAUGCCUUGCCUAAAAUUGUACCUUAUGUUUUGAUCAACCAUCGUGAGGAACUCCUUCCUCUAAUAAUGUGUGCAAUUGAGCGCCAUCCAGACAGUAGCACACGUGAUUCCUUAACACAUACUCUUUUUAAUUUAAUUAAACGUCCGGAUGAACAGCAGAGACAAAUUAUAAUGGAUGCCUGCGUAAGCCUUGCUAAGAAUGUAGGAGAGAUGAGAACUGAAUCAGAACUGCUUCCACAGUGUUGGGAACAAAUAAAUCACAUGUAUGAGGAGCGAAGGCUGCUUGUUGCUGAAUCAUGUGGGGAGCUUGCAGAAUUUGUUCGACCUGAGAUUCGUGAUUCUCUCAUUUUGUCCAUUGUUCAACAACUUGUUGAGGAUUCUGCAACAGUUGUCCGAGAGGCUGCUUCUCAUAACCUGGCGUUGCUGCUUCCACUCUUUCCGAAUAUGGACAAAUAUUUCAAGGUUGAGGAGUUGAUGUUCCAACUGGUCUGUGAUCCGUCGGGUGUGGUUGUGGAAACUUCACUCAAACAAUUAGUUCCAUCGGUAAUUAAUUGGGGGAACAAAUUGGACCAUAUCCAGCAAGUUUUACUUUCUCAUGUUGUCGGCUCUGCUCAGCGGUGUCCUCCUGUUUCGGGGGUCGAAGAUUCUUUGGAGUCGCAUCUUCGUGUUUUAGGUGAACGUGAACGCUGGAAUGUUGAUGUUUUACUGUGCAUGCUGACAGAGCUGCUUCCAUUUGUGUACCGGAAAGCAAUUGAGACAUGCCCAUUUCCUUCUGUUAUUGGUCAUCUUGCAACUUCAGAAACAGGGGGUGCAUUUUUUUCCACUCCCUUGCUUGAACUGUAUGCAGGGAGAUAUGUGGAGUGGCCUGCAUUUGAUUGGGUGCAUGUUGACUGCUUGCCAGUUUUGAUUCAACUUGCCUGCUUGUUACCUCAAAAGGAAGAUUAUCUAAAAAAUCGUAUGACAAAGUUUUUGCUGGCUGUAUCCGAAAGCUUUGGAGAUCAUUAUUUGACUCACAUAAUGUUGCCGAUUUUCUUGGUAGCAGUUGGGGAUACGUAUGAUUUAAAAAGUUUUCCCCAGACUAUCCGGUCAAGAAUCAAAGGUUUAUGGCCUAAAACUGUGGUGGCUGAGAGGCUUGCGAUAAUGUGUCUCCUUCCACUUCUCUUGGCGGGCAUUCUGGGUGUUCGUAGUAGGCAUGAACAAUUAGCAGAAUACCUAAGAAAACUUUUAGUUCAGGGCCUGAUGAAGGAGGAUAGGCCCAUAAAUAUGAAUGCUGAGAUCAUUGAUGCAGUUCGCUUCCUAUGCACAUUUGAAGAACAUCAUGGCAUAGUUUUCAAUAUUUUAUGGGAAAUGGUUGUCAGUGCCAAUGUAAAUAUGAAGAUAAGUGCUGCCAAUCUGCUGAAAGUUCUUGUUCCGUAUAUUGAUGCGAAACUUGCAUCAACUCAUGUUUUGCCUGCCCUUGUCACACUUGGGUCUGAUCAAAACCUCAAUGUAAAGUAUGCAAGUAUAGAUGCUUUUGGAGCUGUAGCCCAGCAUUUAAAAAGUGACAUGAUAAUCGAUAAAAUACGUGUUCAGAUGGAUGCCUUUCUUGAGGAUGGAUCCCAUGAAGCUACCAUUGCUGUUGUUCGUGCAUUGGUGGUGGCUGUACCUCAUACAACAGACAGACUACGAGAUUAUCUUUUAUCUAAGAUAUUUCAACUUUCAGCCAUGGCUACAACUGGAAAUGAUAUGAUGCGACGCUGUGAGAGGGCUAAUGCUUUUUGUGAAUCAAUUCGUGCUCUAGAUGCUACAGAUAUUCCUACAACUAGUGUAAGGGAUUUCCUCCUACCAGCAGUACAAAACUUGUUAAAAGAACCUGACACACUUGAUCCAGCACAUAAAGAAGCCCUUGAAAUCAUAAUGAGGGAAAGAUCAGGAGGAACUUUUGAAACAUUCAGUAAGGUGAUGGGUGCCCAUCUUGGAAUUGCAUCCUCAGUGACCAGUUUCUUUGGUGAAGGAGGGUUGCUUGGAAAGAAAGAGAGUGGAGAUCAACCUGCAGAACCAGUUGAGUCUCCAAAGGCGGCCAUGCUACAAUCCCCACCGGAAGACACAAGGUUCAGACGAAUCAUGAGAGGAAGUUUCACUGACAUGCUUAGGGGGAAAGCCAAGAGUAACGAGGAAGCUCCCCAGAAGCAAUCAAGUUAGAAUUUACCUCUAACCUUGGUAGUUAUCAGAGCUUGUUUACGUUUUUUCAUUUCCUUCUAUGUUACAUUUGGAUGGUUCUUUUGAUUACUUACUCCAAUACAAGGUUUACAUGAGCAGAAUGCCGAGAAUGACAAAUUUUUUGUCAUAUUCAUCAUAUUCAUUUUCCUUGAGAAUAUGAAUUAAUCAUUUUGAAUAAAUAUGGUCUGGCAUCUCGUGCAUUAGAGU